GCCCUCUCCUUCCCGGAGCCAGUGACUCACUUUCCCUUCUUUCCCGUUAUAGGAACAAAAGCAGAAAGUUAGGAAACUCGUUCUUGCACGUAGAUCAACACAAACAUCGUUUUGGAGCUCCGGAAAGUCUGCAGUGCCUCAGCACUACAAAGAUAUCCUUGACAGUCCUGGGAGCGAUGGCUGGAUUGUGGACCAUAUGUGACCGCUACUAACUUUGAGAGAGUCUGAUUCAGGAAAGAUGGCCUCUGCACAGGUGCCACAUCUGGACAUACCUGGCUUCGACUUGGAGCUGGGCUCCAUAUUCCUGCUGUUUUCCUCAACUGUGCUGUGUGGAUUUGCUCCGCUGUGGUUGUUGAAAGGAACAGGGAGAUGUGGCUUAUAUUCAGAGAGUCGUCACAGAAUGCUGGAUCUGCUCGGCUGCUGCGCUGCAGGGGUUUUUCUGGCGAGCUGUUCACUGAACAUGGUGCCCAGCUACCUGACAGGAAUGAGUGAGACAUUCAGAGGCCUGGGAGUGACACUGCGUUUCCCCGUUCCUGAGUUCAUUCUGGCCGUUGGCUUUCUCUUAGUUCUGGUCAUUGAGCAAGUUGUUCUGGCCCUCAGAGAACACUCCGGCAACCACACGGCUGAAAAAGAAGCUCUGCUGGUGGGCUCCAGUGACCAGCCACACUUACGGUCUGAGGUGUCUAGAGGGAGAGGCUCCAGUGUACACGCAGAGGUCAGCUCACUGUCCGCUGUCCGUGUUUGUGUCUUGGUUUUCUCACUGUCUCUGUGCUCAGUAUUUGAGGGUUUGGCAGUGGGCCUACAGGGGGAUGGUGGACAGAGACUGGACCUCUGUCUCUCCCUGCUGCUUGGUAAGGGGCUGACUGCUCUCAGCCUGGCCGUCAAACUCACGCAGACCCAGCUGCGGAGGGCCGCAGUGACCGCCUGCUUGCUGCUUUUCUCUGCAACAUGUCCACUGGGGGCAGUGCUGGGUAUUGGCUUCAGACAGACCCACACCACUCCUCAGUACCAGCUGGCCCGCUCCACGCUGCAGGGUCUGGCUGCAGGCAGCUUUGCCUAUGUCAUUUUAAUGGAGGUGCUGCCUCAUGCUCUGAACUCCAGUGGGCAGCGGAUCUUGAAGGUCACUCUGCUACUGACAGGCUUCACUGCUGUUACCGGACUCCUGUUCAUUAAACUCUGAAGUGAGGCAGAAACAGAUGUAACAGUAUGAUGGAACCAGUUUAUGGACUGAUUUGUAGUAAUGUAACCCAAUGCAUAGUUAGGCCAUAUAGCAAUAUUACUUCAAUUAGCUAUGUUUUAUGAACAGAAACUACUGAGUGAUGUUAUGGCUGGACGACAAGGCUGAAUCACAGUAUAUUUUUUUCUUAUCAUUCAGUAUCAAUUAUUAUUAUAUGCAUUUCAUAAUUUCUUUUUUGUAUGAGUAGCAUUUUGAAUGCUAAAUAAAGCAAACUGCUUAUUCCCA